CUCUUAAUGGCCUGUCCUCUCUCUCUCCCUCCCUUCCCCCGUUGAUUUUUAAAUAUUUUCUCUGCUUCUCUCUCAUCUUCCACUCCAAAUUCUAAGCCUUAAAACCCUUGUUUAUUUGAUGAUUUCACUUAUCUUUUUUCAUAAUCGUCCCUUCACUUCCUUUGACUCAACUUGACUCGACUUGGAAUUACCUUAACUGCCCCCCUCUCUCUCUUCUCUCUCUGCGUGUUGAUAUAUAUAUGUGUACUUGUGUUUUGUCCGGAAAACAUUUCUUGGUACAUUUUUUGGCUUUGCUUUGUUGGAGAAUUUCAGGUUUUGAAAAGGUCUUUGAUCCAUGUCCAAAGGAAAAGAGUUGGAGAGUGAAGAUGGAAGAGGGGAUGUGAGCAGAAAUGAUCCCGAUCCUAGUAAGAAAAGGGUGCUUGCAGAGGGCUCUGGUAACAGCUGUUGGACUAAUUCUAAUAGCCCCCCAAUGGAAAAGAUUGGGGUUUGUGAAAAUAGUAGAAGAGGAGUGGGGUGUUAUGAUUUCCCUUGCUGCGAUCGCAGAGCUGGUGAUUCCUCUAGUGUAGAACCUCAGGAUGCAGAUUACUCGUAUGUUCCCCAACUCUGUGAUGAGUUAGAGAAUCAGAUUUUGGCAAGAGUUCCACGAUCAGAGUACUGGAAGUUUCGGAUUGUGAACAAGAGGAUACUCUCUCUUGUAAAGAGUGGUGAGCUCUUAAACAUCAGGAGGGAAAUUGGAUUUAGAGAAUCCUUAGUUUUUAUUUUUGCAACUGGGGACAGAAGUUGGUGGGCAUUUGAUCAACAAUUCAGUUCUCGCAGGAAGCUUCCAGAUAUACCGGCAGACUGCUGUUUCUCUUUUGGAGACAAGGAAUCCAUUUGUGCAGGGACCCAUCUGAUUAUUUCAGGCAGGGAGAUCGAUGGUGUUGUUGUUUGGAGAUAUGAAUUGGAAACAAAUAGCUGGAAUAAGGGUCCUUCCAUGAUCAACCCUCGGUGUUUGUUUGCUUCUGCUUCCUGUGGUGCCUUUGCUUUUGUAGCUGGUGGAGUGACAGGGACUGGUUUUGAUCUAAAUUCUGCUGAGAAAUAUAAUCCAGAUACUAAAUCAUGGGAAGACCUUCCAAGGAUGUGGCAUAAAAGAAAGCUUUGCUCUGGUUGUUUCAUGGAUAACAAGUUUUAUGUGAUUGGAGGGCGGAAUGAGGAGGGAAAGGUUCUAACUAGUGCUGAAGUGUAUGAUGAGGAUAAAAAGGCAUGGGACCUGAUCCCAGACAUGUUGGAGGAUACAACAAUCGCUACUUUCCAAUCUCCACCGCUCAUUGCUGUUGUGAACAAUGCGCUUUACUCCCUCGAGCCUUCAUCAAACCAGCUGAUGGUUUACUUGAAAAAGAGCAAAACAUGGAAGAAAUUAGGACCAGUGCCAGUAAGAGCAGAUUCUAACACAGGAUGGGGUGUAGCCUUCAAGUCUUUGGGCAAUGAACUACUUGUAAUUGGUGCAUCAACAUCUACAGUUUCUUAUUCUGGGGAUGGCAUGGCAAUAUACACCUGCAGACCGGGUUCUGAAGCUGAGGAAUUGCUUUGGAGGCCUCUUGAGUGUGGCAAAAACAGGCUGAGUAACUUUAUAUUGAACUGCUCUGUUAUGGUAGCUUGAAUUUUGACACUCCUAGGCAGUAACUCUAUAGAGUUGUGAUAUGGGGAUCGAAUUAUAGCUACAUUUGAAAUUAGGAUUUGGCACCCUAGAUGCUUCAAUAUAUCCUCGGGUAUUGCACGAGGUGUCUCUCCAGAUCGUGUGGUGGAUGUGGGUGUUUAAGGAACCUGGCUGAAUUAUAGCGGUAAAGUGUGUUGUUUGUACUUUUAAUUCUCAGUGACUUCUUGAACUGUGUUCUGACUUCGAUCUCAUCAUCUAAUAACACAGCUUGUCAUUUUGUUUGA